CAGUUCACUGCCGACAACCGAGCAAAUGGUUUCAACCGGUGGGCACGUGAUGACGUCUUGUGUUCGCGCGGGUAUUUGAGGCUGUUGUGAUGCUGGUUGGACUGCAGACGAAGUGAAGUAUGAACAUUUAGACGAGAUAAUAGUUUUAUGUUUAGUCUGACCAGCAGCAGUGACAGCAUGCCCCAAGCAAGGAGAUGAACUGGGAUCAACUGGAGCUCGACCCGAGGAUCCUAGCUGCCGUGAGGAGAGCCAAACUGAAAUCUGUCAGGGAGGUUUUAUGUGUUUCUGGUCUGGACCUGCAGAGACUCACAGGCCUGUCCUGUUCAGACAUCCGACAGCUGCUCACUGCCGCUGCCACCGCCUGCAGGCGACACCCUCCCAUACCUGCCCUUCUGCUCCAUCGUGGAGAGUGUUGCAGGUUGGGGUCUGGCUUCAGACUCAGCGUGGGCUGUCCUUUGCUGGACAAACUGCUGAGGGGCGGUCUUCCUGUGGGGGGCAUCACUGAGCUGUCAGGAGAGAGUGGGUCAGGAAAAACCCAGCUGGCUCUGCAGCUCUGUCUGUGUGCACAGUAUCCAACACAAUAUGGAGGGCUGAACUCAGGAGCAGUUUAUAUCUGCACAGAGGACUCGUUUCCCAUCAGACGCCUGCAGCAGCUGAUCAGGGAACAGCCCUGUCUGCGCUCUGAUGUCCCUCCAUCGCUGAUCAGCAGUCUCCAGUUCAGUGACCACAUUUACAUCGAACACGCUGCUGAUCUGGACUCUCUCCAGGUGUGUCUGUCCCGGCGUGUCCCCCUCCUGCUGGCCCGUGGUCUGGUCCAGCUCCUCGUUGUGGACUCGGUGGCAGCUCUGUUCAGGUCUGAGUUCCAGGCUGCCGAUUGGCUGGAGAGGAACAAGCAGCUGCUCACCUUCUCCUCUACUCUACGCCACCUGAGCCAGGAGUUCACCACACCUGUCCUCUGUAUCAACCAGGUCACAAAUGUUUUCAGUGGCUCAGACGGCAGUUUGGGUCCUCUGCCCUCCAAUGUGACACCUGCUCUCGGGUUGGCCUGGGCCAAUCAGGUGAUGGUUCGACUAAUGAUGCGACGUCUCCAGGAGACAGUUGUCCGUGGUGAACAGAGCAGCGCCCUCCGCAGGCUAGAGGUGGUGUUUGCUCCUCACCUCCCACGAGAGGGACAAGAUGCCGCUGUCUGGAGGGAGGGAGUUAGAGGGGUAUCUACAUGACUAAAUACAACUUACGUGUGUGUAUGCAGAAUGUUAUGUCACACACACACACGUACAUAAUAAAUUGUGUGAGGUGAUUUGAAAACACAAUUUGUAGCUAUACAACAUUGUCAGUGUUUGUAUUUUAAUAUAGAUGGCCAAAAGUGUGUGGACACUGUUUCCUCAGACUUAAAUCAACCAGUUUUUCAGUGGAAGUUCUGAAGUGAGGUUGAAACAGACACAUUGCCAUCGUACACACUUUUCAAAAAUAUUCCAGCACAGACCUUGGACUGAAGUAAUCUGUGCUCUUUACUGUAUAUCAAGAUCUUUUAGCGGAUUACCUGGACUCUUUAAGGCUUCUCAGGGAUUAAAACAACAGCACUACAGCCAUCCCUGAAUUAUAACCUUCUCUGAAACACUAUCAACCUUCUGAUUUAUAAAUCAUGGCAUGGUUUUCGUUGUAUUGGUUAAUAUUAGGAAGGUUUUAUAAAUCACACAUUCUUUAAUUUGUCCUUUAAUGUCAUGUUUAUGGGCUUAAACGUGCACAUGAGGUGCUUCUGUCAUUGGUUAUUGAUGAUUAUUAUUAAUAUAUCUU